AUGUCCGCCCCGCUCCUCGACCCGUCCAUCUUCGCCUACCUCGAGUCGCGCAUCGAGGAAGAGACGGCCGUCCGCGACCAGCUCACCCAAAUCGUCCAGCGCCUCGAAAAGGCCGUCGCCGCCGCCCAGGGCCUGCUCUCGCGCGUGCACUCGACGCCGCGCGCCAAGUUCCCCGAGCUCGUCGCCCAGGUCCAGCCCGCCGUCAAGGACCAAGUCGCCAUCGUCGCCGAGCUCGACGCCGUCGCCUCCAAGCACCCCUACUACAAGUACAACUCCAAGUGGUCGCGCGCCGUGCAGGGCGCCAUCGGCACCGCCGUCUACUGCGCCUGGCUGGGCGGCUUCCCCGACGUCGUUUCUUCCUCCUCCUCCUCCUCCUCUCCCCCCACCAACGCCUCCGCCUCUGCCACGCAACAGCAACCCGCCGAGCUCGGUCGUCUUCUCACACUCGAGCAAGUCGGCGCCAUCUUCCAAGUCCCCACAAACCUCAAGGACCGCGACGCCUUCCACCUCACCAUCGAAGAGUACCUCCUCAGCCUCACCGACCUCACCCAGGACCUCUCCCGCCUCGCCACAAACGCCGUCACCCACGGCGACUUCGCCCUGCCCCUGACCAUCGCCGCCUUCGUCAAGGACCUCUUCGCCGGCUUCCAGCUGCUCAAUCUCAAAAACGACAUCCUCCGCAAGCGCGGCGACGCCGUCAAGUACGACGUCAAGAGGGUCGAGGACGUCGUCUACGACUUGAGCCUGCGGGGGUUGGUGCCGCGCCCGGGAGGCGUCGUCGGCGUCGACACGGAGAUGAAGACGGAGUAA